AGUAAUGAUGGAUAUUUACUUGAAUAAUGACUACAUGAUAAUGAUCAAAAGUCCUACAUUGAAAAAUAAAAACAUAUGAUCCUAUAUUGGAAAAAUGAUCCUAUAUUGGAAAAGUCAUUAUCUUAAAUGCCUCUUGAAUAACGGUUGGGGCUUUUCAAACUUAUUUGAACAAUUGGUUUUGAAAUGCUUUUGAAGAACAAUUGGCUUCCGGAGUCUAAAAUAUCAGAGCAAAACCCUAACCGUCCCGGCAACUUCAAUCUCCUCCGUCACAUUGCAGAAAUGGCAUCCGAAACGCAAAGUUACAGGCAAAGACCACCCAAUCAGCCCCCGCCUCCGACGACGCCCAGAAAGAAGUGGUCAAUCGACGAUUUCGAGAUCGGGAAACCCCUCGGAAGGGGCAAAUUCGGCCGGGUCUACCUUGUCCGUGAAGUCCAGAGCAAAGUGAUUGUGGCGCUGAAGGUGAUUUUCAAAGAGCAGAUAGAGAAGUACAAGCUGCACCAUCAGCUCCGGAGAGAGAUGGAGAUCCAGAGCAGUCUCAGUCACCCCAAUAUCCUUAGACUCUACGGCUGGUUUCAUGACGACGAGAGGAUUUUCCUGAUCCUCGAGUAUGCUCAUGGAGGGGAACUCUAUAAGGAACUCCGUAAAUGCGGCAGAUUCUCUGAAGUGCAAGCCGCCACUUACAUUGCAAGCCUUGCGCAAGCACUGGCUUAUUGUCACAAGAAAGACGUGAUUCACAGGGACAUAAAGCCAGAGAACCUUUUGCUGGACCAUGAGGGUCGAUUGAAGAUUGGGGACUUUGGGUGGUCAGUGCAAUCCAGAAGCAAGAGACACACAAUGUGUGGGACGUUGGACUACUUGGCACCCGAAAUGGUGGAGAACAAAGCUCAUGAUUAUGCAGUUGAUAACUGGACUCUGGGCGUUCUUUGCUAUGAGUUCUUGUAUGGUAUGCCUCCAUUUGAGGCUGAAACCCAGAAGGAUACAUUUAGAAGGAUAAUGAAGGUUGACCUCAACUUCCCCUCCACCAUUUAUGUCUCUUCACAAGCGAAGGACCUCAUUAGUCGGGUAAGUGCGUUGAUUGAUGCCCUCUCAUAAAAUUUUAAAGCUCCAUUCUUCUUUUGGAAUAAUCACAACAAUAAUAAAGAUAUAAUAUAUUGUGUGGGAGUUAGCUUCUUGUGAAGGACUCUUCAAAAAGGUUGUCUCUUCAGAAGAUCAUGGAACAUCCUUGGAUAACAAAGAAUGCUAACCCCAAGGGAGCCUGCUGGAGCUAAAGUUUUUUUUUGUUCCUCCAAGCAGUAGAUGAGACUGGUUCUUUUAUGGCACAACCACACAAGAGGGGACUUAAUUAUUUUGAUUCCAAUGGCAUCCAUUGUGCUUGUUGAAUGGUUAUAUGUCCAUACAUUGCCCUUCUUCUUCUUUCCUCUUGUAUUAUUACUUGACUUAUGUUGCAUUUCUUUAAUCGUUCCUCGCCAAAAUUUGUAUAAAUUUCUUGUACAACAUGUACUCAUUGUGCAUAAUUAUUCUGUUGCAUUUUUAAAUGGUAUUUUGAAUCGGGCCUUUUGGACACAAGUAGGAGUAAAGGUUGUGAUCGAUU